GAGGAGGAAGAAGAAGAAGAAGGUUGUCCUGAAGGAAGGGGGAUCAUACAUUUCAUCAUGGCCGGUGAACAAAAGGUAACCGUUAGUUUUUUGGUGGACAAGGCGAAGAAAAGGGUGGUGCUGGCCGAAGCGGACAGCGACUUUGUAGACAUGCUCUUCAGCUUCCUCACCCUGCCACUGGGAACCGUCGUCAGGCUCCUCAACAACCAAUCUAAUUUUGGAUGCAUGGACAAAUUGUAUGGGAGCGUCGAGACUCUUGAUGUGCGCAAUUUCCAGACUGAGGCAUGCAAGACCAUGCUUCUCUUCCCUCAAAGCGCUGCAGCUGAACGAUGCGAAGAUCUGAAAGUAAAUAUUGAUAGCACGGAGCCUAAGCCGAGGCUUGCCUAUGCUUGUCGAAAGCCCGAUUGUUGUUCCAAGGCCACCUGCUUGGCUAGCUCUGUUUCGAAUGCACGGUGUCCUCACUGCCGAGAAACUAUGGAUUCACCUAAAACGUGGGCUAAAGGGGAUGUGCAAUUUGUCAAGAGUGGAGAUAAGUUUAUGAUUACCGAUGACCUUCUUAUAAGUCUAUUUUCUAUGGAGAAUUACCUGUCUUUAAUUCAGAAACUGGGAGUAGAAGAUGCAUGCAUUCUCGAGGAGAAGGUUAUGGAUCUUGGUAGAGAAGAGGUGAGUCUUUUGACUUUAAAAUUAUGAAUUGCAAUUACAUAUGUACUACGAUGAGAGAUAAGAAUCGUUGGUAUAUAGACCAAACACUUUUGGUGAUGAGUAAUCAGCUGGCUAGUGAAAGAAAGAUAAUUGAAUUUAUCAAUGGUCUAAUUAGUACUUUCUCUA